AGUUGGCUUAACAAAUAUAUCAAUGUAGAUAGCAAAUUAAAGCUCUUACAUGUUCGUGAGCGUGUGUCUACAGCAAACUCACUUGUAUCUACUUUGACCCGCUGGACCAUGUCGGAUCGUAUGUUUGGCAAUGACCCUGAUGUUAUGAUCUUACGUAAUCUCAAUAACAAGUUAACACCCGAUGAACGGUAUACACUCUGUGUUUUGAAUAAUAUUCUUGGUGCAUUGGUGUUUAGUUCUGACAAUGUUUCCCUUUACGGAGAAGACGAACAUCUUUUGUACGCUGCUACUUUCCCCAAGGUGAUUUCCCAUGUGCAGAGUGUCUUAGAAUUCAGACAUAACUGUUUCCUUGUCAAGUUCGUCGUGAAAGACAAUAACGGAACUGUUCGCCGCUACACUACAUACUCUAACUUGACUGAAGAAGAACAGACCAUUUAUCUACCUGAAUCAUCUCCUGAUACACACAUUCUUUUUGCCACUGACAAUGAUAUGCAUAUGAGCCAAUGUGAUAGAGAUGAGCCCUUAUUCUAUCAUCCAUCCUCUGCUACCAGGUUGAAGCAACACGAAACCAAAACAUUUUUGCAUGUCCCUAAACCCAGCAGUGAUAAGGACGAGGUUUUACUUUUAGGUACUGUCAGUCAUAUUGUACCUGGUGCUGAGUUAGAUCAAUUCAAGAAGGAUGCAACUACAGGUGAAAUCAAUAUCACCUAUAGAGAUGAAAAUACAAGACAUAAAAAAGUGUUUGCAAGUUACGGUGUCUAUCUUCAUGAACAUCGUUCAUUUGUGCCUCCUGUGUUUAAGGUGAAUGGUGUUCAGGCCGAUUACGAAUAUAUCCCUGUCGCUGGCCAUGGAGAAGGCCGUCCCAAGAGCGAAGUUUUGGCUUUCGUUGUAGAGAAGUUUUAAAUUUUAUCCUAGAAUAUUUUUUUUAUAAAACCGUGUCAUCUAUAAUAAAUAAAUGUAUUCAUACUAUGCGUAUCAGCUACAAAAUUAAAUGAA